AUUGAGACCCUAGAAUUCGGGGAUUUUUCUGCUCUUAUGCCGAUAUGAUGUCUUCGAUAUGAUGACAUAUCCCAUUUGAGGGGUUAUUUUUGAUCAACUUUUUCAUCAGUAACUUGCCUAGACACGGCCGAGAUUUUCACGAUAUUCACAUCAGUUAACUUAUAUAGCUGUCGCUAUAUCAUGCCGACAUGGGUUAGAGCUCCGUUACGUAGUCAGUCAUAUGGCCUACGGCAUUUCACGUCCGUCGCCUAUUGUGGGACUCUGGUAGGUCUGGUAGGUGUGAUUUGACUACCUAUCACAUUGCCAACGCAUCUGGCAAUGGUUGACUGUCACAGCUUGGACCAACGAGAAGCGAGGAAAAGCAAAGAUAUAAGACAUCUCUAUCGUAUAGGUGACAAAGGCUGAGGUCCACCGCGUCUUUUUCUCGUGGGCAUUAUGUCAUCUAUCUCUUCCUUCAUACGCGCUACUAUAAGAGUGAAAUACGCCUGUUCUAAGAUCUCACCAUUUCUGUUCACGUUGACUCAUCCCAUUUGAAAUCGUCAACCAGGCAACAACGUAAGACAAGUCAACACCUGCAAUCGACCUGGAACUUUUGACUCGGCAAUUAUUUCACAAUGGAUUCAUUACCUGUCGAAAUUCUUAAUCAGAUCUUUAGUUACUUUUGCUUUCAUUGUCAGCACUCUAGAUUCUUCCCCAAUGCCGAUCUUGAGGAAGUCCGUCGCGAUAAGAAGCAACUUGCCCACCUGUGCUUAGUAUCAAAGGGAGUGUGUUCUGUCGCACAGCCCAUACUAUACCAUUUUUACGCGACUGGCAACAGCCGAGUAGAGACCAAGAUUUACCAGGGUUAUGAUGAUAUCAAGAAACGCCCUUGGGAAAAUGACUACCUCCCACAAUUCGUUCGCACCAUCGCGCAACGCCCGGAUCUAGCAUCCCGGGUCACCGCGAUGCAUAUCGUACGUGGAGGUGAACUAACAGGAUACGAGAGUCAGAUGGAAGAGAUAGAAUCACUUUUUGAUUUUAGCGUUGACAAUAAUCUUCUUCCAAAACCCCAUCUUCCUGAAGAUUGGAUCGACGGCCGAUUUUCGGAAUGGCGGGAUUCUCAACGUGAAUGGCUGCACUUGUGGCUUACCACCUUAGCCAUCGUUCUUUCAACACGCCUGGAUAAAUUACUUCUCUCUAUUGAUCACAACGCGGAAUUUUCUGAAUUGGAGUAUGCACGUCACAUUAAACUACCGUCCCUCCGGACAUUGGGUCUAAUCCGGAACACGACCGACUACCACUUCAACGAACUUGAGGCUUUGUAUGCCGCGGCACCGAACCUUGAGAAUAUAUAUGCGUGUGAUGCCGCAGGUUGGUCCAAGUAUGUUGUCAAGUCAUACUACAGCGGAUAUAAAUAUGAGCUAGCCCUACCGAAUAUUAAGAAGCUAGUGAUUUCGGAUUUAAUUCCUGAGCAUCUGGGGAAUUUGCUUCCAUGUGUUCCGAAGCUGGAAGACCUAGAGUAUUACUGGGAUGGGGAUAAUGAGUUCGACGUCGAGGAUCUGACGGAAUUAUUCCAACCAGUCAAGAAGACCCUCUCAAGGCUUUCGAUAGUGGCGCCUCCAAGGAAUUUCCCUCCGUUCCGUUUGGAGCCCCUCCCUACAUUCAUCGAAUCACCACGGGUAGACUAUCCACCUCUCCGAACUUUCCGUGGGUUCGAUAAAUUGGAGGACCUGUCAAUUGACUGCUAUCUGAUAUAUCGGGAGCAUGACUCCGACGAAGCGGAUCGGCUUACCACCUUGCUCCCACGUUCAAUUCGAAAGCUCCGCAUCUCGUAUAUGUACAAGAGUAUGGAUAGGGCUUUAUUGCAACUUGCAGCAGAUGCGCCGGAAGACUUCCCUGCCUUCAAAGAAAUCACAAUUGGUGUGGCUGAGAGAACAAAUCCCAUAAGACUCGACCUCACUCCAGACGCCAAGAAAUUGCUCGAUAAAGCAUUCAACGAGUCCGGCAUCAAAAUAUCCUGGAAGAAAGAUUUCCUAGGCCCAGAUCCCCGGACUACCAUCCCAGGUGCCAUGGUUAGGUCAAGACUCAUCCCCGUACCACAAGUCAUGGAUGCCCUCGAAGACUACGAACUAGAAGUUGAGACGCAGCCCGAUGAAAAGAAUUCGUUUGAUUGGAUCUCCACCCGAGCCAGCAGGUCCCUCUUCGGGACUCAUCUACGUGUAUGUGAACGCGAUGGUGCAUCGCGAAAACGGUGCCACUUAAGUACUCUUCAUCCUGAUACACGUCGUGUUAGAUAGUAUGACUAUUAUGCUAUCUACUAGGUCCCCGCACAGCAGUUGUCUGUUACUCAUUACAGCACUUUUUAGCCGAAAUGUCGGCAAGAAGCAAUAUGAGUUGGAACAUUAAGAUGGCGGACAUCAACGGCGUCAGGCUUUAUUCAUCACUUUCAUUUGUCGGCGUCAUUCUGUUUCCUCUGGAGUUGGGAAGCCUUGGAAUUGACUCAGAGGCGAUUGUCAUCUUGACCGGUUUCCGUGGAAGGGAAUCUUCAACUCAUGUGCAUUAUCAUUAGGUGUGUAUUUAAGUAAGAUAUGGGUAGAAUGUGGGAUUCGCGUCAUGGUACGGGGUUUAAUAGAAAUUUAUCUGAUUAUUCUUGACGAAUCGAAUGAAUGAGUUCGUGAAGUUAUAACAUUAACAAGCGUAGCUUGCUAUAACCGGUUAGUCGGCCCCUAUAGCUCAGUGGUAGAGGUAAGAAGCAGUCCGAAAUUGAUUGUGAAAAUGACGCUAACAUCCUCGAAGCGCGUCACUCGUAACUGUUUAAGGGAUGACGAGGUCCAUCGUUCAAUCCGGUGUGGGGGCAGAGAUAUCUAUAUGACCAAUAUUUAUAUUGGGUUUCUCUUUUUAUUUCCCGGGAAGCCUUCAAGGGUGCUUCAUUAUGGAGAAUAGAGUUAGAAGUUCGGAAUUGCAGACUGCGGGGUCAACACACUAGGUAUACAUGUAUUAGAUAAGCUAUAUGGAUUAGUCAAGAUCAACUGCUGACUAGAUGUUCU